AUGAUUGGUCAGGAGGCUAAGACGCUAUUUGAUCUACACAUGUUCUACAUCUACAAAAAGUUUUUGUUUCAUUUUGAUUCAUUUCAAUUCAAUUCAUUUUCAGGUGGGACCUUUGCUCUUUACUCACUGCUUUGCCGCCAUGCUAAGUUUAGUUUGCUUCCCAACCAGCAAGCAGCUGAUGAAGAGCUCACUGCCUAUAAAUAUGGUCCAUCUUCUCAGCAUGCUAGUUCCUCUCCCUUGAAGAGAUUUUUGGAGAAGCAUAAAAGGUUAAGGACUGCCCUUUUAGUUGUUGUGCUGUUUGGAGAUUGCAUGGUCAUUGGUGAUGGUGUCCUUACUCCUGCUAUCUCAGUUCUAUCUUCGGUUUCGGGGCUUGAAGUUACAGAAAAGAAAUUAACUAGUGGUAAGUUGUCAUGUUUUGCUAUAUUCACCUAACGCGCCGGCAAAAGUCAACGUGAAAUUAAUGUGGUGCGUGUUUUCAAGGAGGUAGGUGGCCGGACUUUUGCCGACGCGUAUCGUUGCGUCGACAAAAGUCUAAAAAUGCGUCGGUAAAGGCAUGCUUAUUUAAAUGGCGUCGUUUUGAACUAGGGUUUCUCUGAUAGACUUUUGCCGGCGCAACGAAACACGCCGGCAAAAGAUAACGAUAUAUCUCAGCCGCUCGAGCCUUCUUCCCCAUUUUUUUCAAUUUCUCAAUUUUUUUCUCAUCUUCACCAUUUUCCUCUCUUCUUCAACGGCACCACCCCUCAUGUUCCCUCUCAAGGUAAGCUUAAGGUAAGUUAUUUUAUUUUCCCCAUUGUUUGUUUGUUUUGCCCAUGAAUUUUCCCUCUCAUUCCU